GCAUGUGAUCAUGUGUCAGCAAGCCACUCAUGCUCAAAGCAGUCAGAACCCCCUUAAAAUCAGAACAGAGACCAGCUGAAAGGCUCCCCACCACCAUAACAACAUGGAUUGCGGAAUUAUUACAUCGAAAAUAGUCGUUUUGCUUCUAAGUUUAAUAUUUUGGGCUGCGGGGGGUGCCCUUGUCUAUGUAGGCUCUUAUAUGAUCAAGAGCUACAGCCACUUUGACAACUUCCUGCAGGAUAAGUACACGUUCAUCCCGGCAGGCAUCAUCAUACCCGUGGGAGUGGUGAUGCUCAUCAUCGGGACUGUGGGCUGCUACGCCACCCUGAGAGAAUCCAAAGUGGGCCUUAGCUUUUUCCUGCUGGUUAUCCUGGCCAUCUUUGCAGCAGAGGUCGCUGCUCUAGUGUAUGGGUUCAUCUACCAAAGAAGGAUCAAAGGGGACUUGGAGCGGUCAAUGAGUGACACGUUCAUGAAGUAUGAUGGUGAGAACUCUGACACCCAGGCUGUGGAUUACUUGCAGUCUCAGUUGCAGUGCUGUGGAGUGCAGACCUACCUGAACUGGACCACCAACCCCUGGUUCAGCAAAACUAACAACGCUGUGCCCGUCUCCUGUUGUAAAGGGAACAACACUAAGUGUACAGGCAAACUGGACCAGCGAGACCUGCUCAAUACCCGGGUAUGGAUCAAUUCAGGUUGUGAGGGUUUGCUGGAACUGCUCCUUCAGGAUGUGAUGAGUUAUGCCAUGCUGGUCAUCCUUGGAUUUGCCAUGUUCAAGGCACAACCCCCCCGCUUCCACCCCAAAGUUCUUGGGCUGUGAAAGUCUUGUGGCCAGAAUGGGGAUAGUGGGACUUUUCUGAGAUAUUUUCGGGACGCUCAGUGUGUGCGUGAUCACAUGUAAAGUUGGCAGGCGACGUGGCUACCAGUCCCUGGAUGCCUGAUCCUGUUGGCUCGAAGGAUAGUUCUGAGGCUUGUCUUGCGCUAUCUCCUGACUCCUCUCCCCUUUCUCCAGCACUGAGACUAUAGAGCCUUAGGACUUAUGUUCCCCACUCCAAGAUUUUAGCAUCCUUUCAGGAACAUUCUUACAGUUUUCAUUCGGCUUUCCUGGGUAGUUGUCAGCCCACCGAACGUUGGGCAAACCACUGUCGACAUUUGAAGCGUUGGAAACCACAAGAUGCCAUGUUUUUUUUAAAGAUAGUUGCAAAUAGGAAUUACCACUCAAACUUUUAAACAAUGGAAGUUGGUUUUGUUAUUUCCUGCUGUGCAUACUGAAGAAAAUAAGAAAGGGUUUGCUCAGUGACAUAUCAGUAUAUGGGGUACACUCUAUUUUAAAGAGGCAAUCUGGGACUCAAACGAUAACAAAGUGGCUAACCCUGCAAUUAUUUUGGUAAACAGCUGAUGGAUGGUGCUGGAGAAAUGUAACCAUUCUCAAAUUCAUAGACGGGAUCUAUGGAUACAGAGACUUACCAUAUAUUAGAUCAAAAUGUAUGUUUUCCUUUUUUUCAAAGUGGUACAGUGUUUUUUUUCACAAUUACAUUGUUUACAAACAAUGGAGUAAAAAGGCUUAUAUUUUGGGUUCUGAUGGGGUAAGACAGUUUAACUAAAAUCAUGAGGCUUUUAAGUAAUAUUUUUCAAUAAUCAAUUGCUAUAUAUCAUUAAUUUAUUGACCAAAAAAAGGCAUGUGCCACUCCCAGAUUGCCCCUUUUUUUUAAGGAUUGAAAUGUUAUGUUGAAAUGGCCAAGGACUUUUUUAGACUUCAACAUAUCAGGGUAGUAGGCUCUGUUUAAUCAAGACUGGAUUGUCUAGGAUAUACAGUAUUACGUUACGAAAGGACUGUCAAGAUUAUUUGGGGAAAUGAUUUGAUAAAACUAAGGGACAGUUUGAAAUAAAGAAAAUGCACCCCCCUCCCCAAAGUAAAAAAAUAUUUUCAAAUGACCUUCCUCUUGUACUGUAAAAAAAACAUUGCACACUCUCCCCACUCAUAGAGUUAACUCAAAAUAAUGUUUAUGACCACAAAUAACUGUAGUGACCCUGUGUUUAUAUGCGUGGAUAUUGACUUUGUCACUUCAGCAUGCUUUUGUGGCACUGUCGAUGCCACACAGGGCUACGGGCCUUGAAGGUUGAGUGUUUGUCGACCGCCACGGACUAGCUCCCUGCCUGUUUCAUUAGGGCUUACACUAUGAUCGGCGUCGGCUGCAGACAACGAUCAACAAGAGGAAUCAGAUUUUUUUAAUGUUUUGUUGCCAUAUUUCUCAUUAUAUAAAAUAUAUGGGAUGAAUUUCCCACUGACAGGUUUCUGUGCCAAUGCACCGCGCAACCAGUAAACAAAGCGUUCCGACUUCAGGCGGUUCAGUAUCAUGGUUUGCAUUUUCAACACCACAAUAAAUACUGUCGAUCUCGACAAACAGAAAACAAAUCCCUCCCUACCUUGUAGGCCUAUGGAGUGUCAAGCCAAGUUUUUGAUCCUCUCAGAAUGUCAUUAAACAUUUUGGCGUUUUGUAACAUGUCUCUUUCCAUUCAUCAAUUGGCUGUUGCAUAUUUUGGAUUAAUUGAUUUUAUUUGGCAGUAAAAAAAUUGACCCGGGUUGCACAAUAAAGUCAGGGACUUAUUUCCAAUGUGGUCCCUAUUUUUACAUAACUACAUAUACACUUACAUAGAUGCAGGCAAAAGGUUAUACUUUUCACACACUAGCCAGCUUUUGACAUAAUUUCUUUAGAAGUGUUUAUGGUUGGUAUGGCUUUGAGUUGCUGUGGUAGUUUGUUCCACUCUAACGCCGGUAUAGAAAAAUGUGAUCUUACCAGAUAGACUUUUAUAUUUCAAACAAUGAAUAUUAGAGUGGUAUUAUGCUGGUGGACAUCUCUAACAAAUGAAAAAUGUGGUAACUGGGGGCAGAGUCUGUGCUAAUUCUGUGGUCCAGACCAAGUAGAAUUAAUCCCCCCCCCCAAAAGAAUAAUCACAGAUAGCCAGCUUGCUUAAAAUGCUUGACCUCCAGAUGAGUAUGAAGGGGGGGGGAGGUUUAAGUACAAUUCUUACAAGGUUGUUUGCCACUGGACUAGUGCACUUGCCAGAGUCUAGGGUGUCAAUUCCUUCCAAUUGGGGAAAGAUUUUCAUGGGAAUAUUCUAAAAUCUGCAUCAAAACAAUAUGCGCAUUUUCCCAUCAGAGUUGUUUUUCUAUCUAAUUGACUUGUUGCCGAUAAGUCUUUGCGUAAAUACGUAGUGCACAUAAAAAAUAAAUGUUUUGUUUAAAUUCCCAUGUACCAAUUUGUAAGUCGCUCUGGAUAAGAGCGUCUGCUAAAUGACUUAAAUGUAAAUGUAAAUAAAAAACUACAAGUUAAA